GGUAGGCCUAAGGAAACCUAAGCUGUUCCAGGAGUGAGAAGGAGGGGGACCCCUCCCCUCAAAAAGGAUUCUUCCCUCCAGUCCCCUCCAAGGAUUAGGGAAAAAGAAGAGGGUGAGGGAAUUGAGCCGGGGGUGGACUCUCUCCUGGCCAUGACUGGCAAGACGGUAAGGGACGUGGACAGGUAUCAGGCCGUCCUGGCCAGCCUGCUGCUGGAGGAAGAGAACAAAUACUGUGCCGACUGCCAGGCCAAAGGGCCAAGAUGGGCCUCUUGGAAUAUCGGUGUGUUCAUAUGCAUCCGCUGUGCCGGAAUCCACAGGAACUUGGGCGUCCACAUAUCCAGGGUGAAGUCCGUCAACCUCGACCAGUGGACACAAGAACAGAUCCAGUGCAUGCAGGAGAUGGGAAACGGAAAAGCAAAUCGAUUGUAUGAGGCCUACCUCCCCGAGAACUUCCGGCGACCUCAGACGGACCCAGCCGUAGAAGGUUUCAUCAGAGAAAAGUAUGAGAAGAAGAAAUACAUGGACCGAAGUCUGGAUAUCAAUGCACUCAGGAAAGAAAAGGAUGACAAGUGGAAGAAGAAUGGCGAGCCAGCUCUGGAGAAAAAAAUAGAACCAGUUAUCUUUGAGAAAGUGAAAAUGCCACAGAAGAAGGAAGACAUCCAGUUACCCCGGAAAAGCCCCCCUAAAGCCACAGAGCCUGUAAUGGACUUGUUGGGAUUGGAUGCCCCCGUUGCCAGCACUGCCACAAACAGCAAGACCUGCAACACCCUAGAGAAGGAUUUAGAUCUCUUUGCCUCCGCACCGUCAACCUCACUGCCGGAUUCCAGGAAGGUGGUAGGGUCCAUGCCAACCGCAGGAAGCUCCGGAUCCGUCCCUGAGAAUCUGAACCUGUUUCCUGACCCCAGGAGUAAAGCAGAAGAAUCCGGCAAGAAGCAGCUCUCCAAAGACUCCAUCUUGUCCUUGUACGGGUCCCAGACUACUCAGUUACCUGCUCCAGCUAUGUUCAUGGCUCCGGCACAAAUUGCUUAUCCUGCAGCUGCCUACCCCAGCUACCCAGGGGUCACUCCCCCUGGCAACAUGAUUGGGGGCAUGAUGCCCCCCCCGGUGGGUGUGAUGGCCCAGGCGGGAGCCCCUGGGAUGGUGGCCCCAAUGGCCAUCCCGGCCGGCUACAUGGGCGGCCUGCAGACGGCAGUGAUGGGCGUCCCCAGCGGGAUGCUGGCGGCCCAGCAGGCUGGGUAUGUGGCCGGCAUGACGGCGGGUGUGCCCCAGCCCUUGUACGGCGUCCAGCCAGCACAGCAGCUCCAGUGGAACAUUGCUCAGAUGACACAGCAGAUGGCAGGUAUGAACUUCUACGGCACCAACGGGAUGAUGAGCUAUGGACAGUCUAUGGGUGGCGGAAGUGGCCAGGGAGCCAAUCAGACACUGAGCACUCAGAUGUGGAAAUAAAAGUGAAAGCCUGUAUUUCUCUUUCCCCCCGACCCCUCCGACCCCCACCGCCCUUUUUUUUUUCUCUUCCCUCUCCUUUCCUCCCUGUUCCCACAUGUCCUCACCCUCCUCCUUUAUUUUGUUUGAAAAAUGCUCUGAGACACACAGGGUUUGGGGCGGCUCCCUCAACUCUGUUCCGUGUAGCCGCACUCCUCCCCCCCAUUCCCGGCCCUCCCAUAUCUGAGACCUGUCUGUUGCCCUUUGCCGUCCAUGCUUGAAACCAAGCCUCAGCCACCAGGACUCCCCUGGCCGUGCCUGCAGGAGCGGACUGUGGUCACCUCCAGCACAGUAGACUGGCACACACUGUGGGGUACUUUCCCAUGGGCACAUUAAUCUCUCAGAGGAUCCUGAGUGGGCCCUUUUGGGGUUUGUAUCGGGGCUCUGGGGGAGGGAUUUGGAGAGUCCAUUUGGUCAUUCUUAAGCUUUGGG